CGUGAUCCCUUGAAUGGGUCUGCUGUCCAGACUCGCGAGCGUAUCUCGUUAGUUGUGUGCUGUGACUGGUGACUGAUACUUGUUUCAUUACGAAUUCCAAAAACUCCAAGCGCCAUGCACGAUAACAAUAUUAUACGCCACAAGUUGGAGGAGGACGGUUACGUGGUGAUAGAAGACUUCCUAAGGCCGGCAGAAUGUGAUGAGCUAAAAGCGGCAGGGAUGGAACUCACUCAGAACCUUCCAGAAGAAGGCAAACGAGCACUCUUCUCAACGAAGGAGACUGGCAAACAGCAACUUCGAGAUAAAUACUUCCUCGAAAGCAACGACAAGAUCAGCUACUUUUUCGAGGUGGACGCAUUAGAUUCUGAUGGGAAGCUGACGGUGGAUCCUAGCAUCUCACUAAAUAAGGUUGGACACGCGCUACAUCUAUUGCACCCAAUUUUUAGAUGUUACACGUACAGUGACAGAGUCAAGCUGGUUUGCCAUCAACUAGGUUUCAAGGAACCAGCCGUAGUCCAGAGCAUGUACAUUUAUAAAAACCCAGGGUUGGGAGGAGAAGUCGUAGCACAUCAAGACGCAUCAUACCUGUAUACAGAGCCGAUACCACCGGUCGGCUUCUGGAUAUCUCUAGAGGAUUCCACAAUACAAAAUGGAUGCCUCUGGAUGGCUAGAGGAAGCCACAAAUCGGGCGUCCAUCGUCGUCUUAUACGUAAUCCAAAUAAUGACGAAAAACAAGCCCUUAUAUAUGACAAGCCGCCCUCUGUAUACCCCGAAUCGAGUUUCACACCAGUCCCUGUUAGCAAAGGGACGUGCAUACUAAUUCACGGACACGUUGUUCACAAGAGCGCACAUAACAAAUCGGAUAAGAGUCGACACGCGUAUACCUUUCACGUCGUCGAGAGACAGAACAAUCAGUACUCGGCCGAUAAUUGGCUGCAAGAGGGACCUGAAGCACCAUUUGUCAACGUCUAUACAACUCCACAAAUAGAGUAAUGUAAUACGGAGCUGAAUGCCAAAUUCAUUAGCAUUCAUACAAUUGUAUUCAUGCCAAUGACGAUUAUGAAAAUAAAAAAGAAAAAAAUACAGAGGAUUUAUACAUACCGAACUAUUGACGAUCUCCAAAUAAUAUCUACUUAUUUUCUAUUAUAUAUAAUAGAAAUACAAUGGAGCCUAUUCAAAGAAUCAUAUUUACAUGGAAAAUAUCGAAUUACAGAUUGAAUGAAAAAGUAAAUUACCUACUAAGGUCAAUCAAGCUUCUAGUGUUCCUAAAAAUAUGUUUAUUACGUUCAAUUAGGUAUGAUUUAUAUGUGAAUUAUUUCUGUCUGAAAAAAAUAAUACGUGUAAUUUAUAUAAAUAAGUCUGUAGAGAUAAAGAUACUAUAAUUAAACUACGUUGUUCAAAAUAAAAGGUAAAUCAUAUCUCUUCAAGUACUUUCCUAUUAUUGAGCGUCAGUCUGUUACUUGCUAAUUUCAAAGUGAUGAAUUAAUUAUGAAUUUCUCUAGUGUAGAAUAAAAACUUAGAUUUAUGAUUUAAUGUGGCCAUAAACACUGUUUAUAGUUAGCUAUUUUAUGAUGUUCAUAGUAUCAACUUGCAUUCACAGCCAAAUAUUUUGUAUUUAAUUAGCUUAUGUUUGUAACGUAUCUGACUAGGUCAAUGCCCUUAAAAAAGAAAAAUAUAAGGCAAAUAAAAGGCCAUACCUAAUUAAAACGCUUAGAAAAUAUUUCUUAAAAUAAUUUAUUCGUGAAUAAAACUUCUCUUUAGAAUUUUUACAAUAAUAAUCAAAUAACUACGUACACCUACGACUGCAAUCCUUGAACAGGCAAUCUAAGACGUAAGUGGACUAUUACCGUUUAUAAAUAUUCUAAAUAUACACUUGACUCAUAUUGAUAAUGCAAUAUACAUGUAAAAUAUGAGAGGAUAAAAAUAAGUUCGUUGUACUCGUAGGUACGAGCACAGAUAUUAUAUAAGGUAAAAUGCUUUCAAUUUAUAAAUAUUUUGCCUCUAUUUUCUUUUUUUUUUUUAUUUUAUAAAUACGCCCCAGAAUAGCAGACAAUUCACUGCACUUUUUUUUAUUAAUACAUGAUAAUGGAAUGGUAUUUUUCUGCCUGCCAAGCAUUACAACUACUGACAAAAUAUCUCAAUUGAUAGACCGUCAUAAGUUUCGUCAAUAAAACACUCCCUUCAGAGCAUGAUAACUAUUUUACCCUGUAUAUUGAUGUAUACAAUACAUUUAUUAACGUAACUCAUUCUUCAAAACUGAUUUCAAUAUUCACUAAUAGAGGCUCAAAAAAAUCCCAGAAAAAAAAUAUUUUACCAAAAAGUAAAAAAAGUGCAUUAACUUUCUCGAAAAAAAAAUUGUUCCACGAGUACUUGUUUACUUGAAUUUAUUAUUUUGUAUUUGUUUAUAGUAAUAUUAUUACAUACCAGAUUUUAAUCAGUUUCGUCCGCGUGAUAUUCAGAAGUAGGAAAACCAAUUAAAUACAUCAUUUCUAAAUAGCUUAUCAAGAUAAAACAUACACCAGAUUUUAAGUUACACCUUCAGGAAUACAACUAUGAAAACUGCAUACAAUUUAGUGUAGUAAUUUUGUCAGACAAAAUCUGCAAAAAUUGUUGUUUUGACUGUUACGAGUAUUUCUCUUGAUAAAACCCUUAUAUCAACUUUACUUAAAUAUCUCUCAUGUACAGAUAUCAUCUAGUUGAAAUUUUAUUAUAUUUGUAAGAUUACUACUAUCCGCUACCUAUAUAAAGAGGGGUUAAAGUUCACUACCUGCAUGAAGGUAGCGUCCUCUAAUAUCAACAGUUUCUAAGCCACCAUUUUUAGAUAUGAAGAGCUCUGACGUUUCUUACCGGGUAUAGUUUUUACCCAAUACGCUUGUCCUUACUAUUGUUGUAAAUAUGAAUGUGAUUUUAUUUGUUUGUUGCCUUAUAUCGCCUUAACAGGUUAUCACUGUGAAUUUUGGUAUAACAUUAUAUGGAAUAGAGAAAAGUAUAGAUUACAUUUUAUCCAUUUAUCCCAGAAAUACGGACGUAGUUACAGAUAAAAGCUAGUACAAAAUAAUUCAAGCCUGUGGGUACAAUUACUUUGUGAGAUAUAAUAAUUAAUUUUUUCAACUAUUAUUGAAUGGUAUUGUUUAUUAUUUUAUCAUGUGAUAAAUCGCUAAUGCGAAAUUAUUGUGAUAAUUUCUUUUAUAUUAAAUAAAAAUUUAAAUUAAA